AUGUUGUCCAGAGCUUUCAAUCGUUCGGUCAUUCGGUCCCGUCGUGCAAAAAGACCUGCUGCGUCAGUACUAAAGUACCACGUCGGACUGCACCCCACGCAGCAUCCAUCAAGUGAUGCCAUAGUCAAGCAGAAACAGCAGCUGCGCACCCAAGGCGGCGUCAUUCCGCAAAGUCUCAAUACGCCCGUGUUCCAAGUCUUUGGGAGCAACACGGACGUUGGUAAGACAGUCGUGUCUGCUGGAAUCUGUCGAGGUGCAGCUUCUUUGCUCGCCCAAUGCACUGACGGUGCGGGUCAUGUCGCGUACAUUAAACCGCUACAGACGGGGAUCGAUGCCGUCCAUUCGAAAGUCCAAGGGGACGCGUCGUUCGUGGAGAAAUACACACAAAACCCAUCAACGAGUGCAAUGCAACGUCCAGUCAUUUGUUCGACGCUGGUCUCCUGGCGAACGCCCGUGUCGCCGCAUCUGGCUGCCCAAUUGGAGGGAUCCUCAAUCUCGGAUGAAAAGCUGCUGGAACUGCUGGUGGAUAAGCUUCAGACCCUUGGAAAACAUGAUGAUGAAAAUGGGGCUGGAGGUAGUCUGGUGCUGGUGGAGACGGCUGGCGGAGUGUGCAGUCCCACUGCAUCGAUGCGGUUCCAAGUAGAUGUUUAUCGAGCUCUCCGUCUUCCAGUUGUGCUGGUGGGCGAUGGCAAGUUGGGCGGUAUUUCUACCACCAUGUCCGCACUUGAGUCGCUGCUGAUUCGUGGCUAUGACAUCGCUGCGAUCUGUCUCAUUGAACAGGAUGAUCUGGAUAAUGCAGCAGCACUGGAGCCACGGACGAGCGAGCUUGGUAUCCCAAUUUUUACAAUGCAGGCUGUGCCGUCAAUGCCAGAGCCACUGGAUCAGUGGUACUUGGCACACGACGCUGUCUUUGCCGAUGCGACCAAGAGUCUAAAGACAUUUCACACCACUCGUCUUGAGCGCUUCAAGCACAUGGAAGAACGGGCAGAAAAAGUGUUUUGGUGGCCUUUUACGCAGCACAAGCAGGCUGGAACGCUGUCGAUUAUUGACUCGGCGCAUGGCGACGAGUUUAGUGUGUACCGCUCGGACAGUAACACGGUCACACCGCUCUUUGAUGCGUGCGCAAGCUGGUGGACGCAGGGUGUCGGACACGGCAAUUCAAAGAUGGCUACCGCUUUGGCAUACGCGGCAGGCCGAUACGGCCACGUGAUGUUUCCUGAGAACGCACACGAACCUGCUUUGCAACUUAGUGAAAAGCUGCUUGCAUCGGUUGGCAAAGGCUGGGCCUCACGAGUGUACUACUCGGACGACGGGUCGACUGCUGUGGAAGUUGCUCUGAAGAUGGCAUUCCGGAAGUAUGUGCUCGACCAUAACCUGGACUACAGCCAGUUCGCAUCGGAUCAAGCGAUGCGAUCCAAGAUGGUUACACUCGCACAGGCUAAUUGCUAUCAUGGUGAUACGCUUGGCGUGAUGAAUGUUGCGGAGAAGAGCGUCUUUAAUGAGAUGCAGCAUCCGUGGUACCGACCCGAAGGCGUCUUUUUGAAAGUCCCGACGGUAGCGCUGCAUAAUGGCUCGUACGCUAUCUCAAUCGACCCAGAAAUUACUGGUAAAGAGAAGGCUGAGGAACCGCUGCCUUCUUUUAAUGCCGUCUUUGAAGCUUCGCGUGACCAAAGUCCGUUGGCGGAUGUUUAUCGCAAGUACGUAGCACACAUGAUCGAUCACACUGAAGAGAAGGGAGUGCGUGUGGGAUCUGCGCUUAUUGAGCCUGUCCUUAUGGGCUCAGGUGGUAUGUUCCUGGUGGAUCCGCUGUACCAGCGCGUGCUCGUGCAGGAAUGUCGUGCUCGUCAGAUCCCAGUGAUUUACGACGAAGUGUUUUCAGGUUGGUGGCGUCUAGGAGUGGAGUCAGCGCGCGAUCUGCUCGGCAUUGAUCCGGACAUCGCAUGCUAUGCAAAGCUAUUGACUGGCGGUGUAGUCCCGAUGGCUGCUACGCUUGCAUCGGAGGAGGUCUUCAACACGUUUUACGCGGACUCAAAAGGUGAGGCAUUACUGCACGGCCACUCGUUCACGGCUUACCCUAUCGGUUGCGCUGCGGCCGUGACCGCUUUGGACAUGUACCAGAUUCUCAACGAUGCGAGUGUCCCCACUAAAGAUGCCGCUAUCCGAACGUACUGGGACAUUGACGUUCUUACUGAGCUGUCCACUAGACCGUACAUCAAGCGCACGUUUGCGAUCGGGACGGUAGCCUGUGUGGAAUUGGCCGUAAAGAACGCCGGUUAUGCAUCGACUGAAGCUGCCGAGCUCAUCCAAGUCUUGCGCAAGAAUGGCGUAUACGCUCGUUCCCUGGGCAACGUGCUGUACCUGAUGUGCUCCCCCCUUACAACGCAAGAAGACUGCAACAAGUAUCUGACAACAUUCAUGCAGCAGAUGGAGCUCUUGCAAGCUAAGAAGUAA